AUGCUAACCAAACAGCCUGGUCUGUUUGCACAGGUCGCCAAACCAGCUGCUGUAGUCGCCGAUACUCCAGCAGCAUCCAACAACGACGACUCGGUCUUCGAAACUAGCGUCGUGGAAGUCGUCGCCGCCACUUCCAAGAAGGUCCUCAAGACAACUGGAGCUGGAACUGCCGUCGCGAUCAAACAAGAAAGCAAGCCUGCCGGGAAUGACAGCUCGAAGCUCGAUGCCGACAAGCCUGUUGUUCUAGUUCGAUGCCGUCCAGCUCAAGAUAGCAGUCGCAACCUCACAGUCGAGAUGGUCGGGAAGCGUUGGUUCACGGACUUCCUUACAACCCACCAGGUCGAAGACCGUGGUCUGAGCGGACUCGACAUCGAGACCAAAAUUGGAGGUCGCUCCGCGCUCAUUUCCAAGCUAGUGGCUUUCAUGAAAGACAAUGUGUACAAGACUCGUAUCCCUUCUGUCACGAAACGUCGAACUGGUCUCCAGCAUUCCAUGCGCAUGGGAGUUCAACUUUGGAGUCUCACCAUUGACGAACAGCGCAAGGUGCUCUCCCAGGAGGACGCCACGUGCUACGCCGCCUCGGAGAGUGACUAUGAAUGGAACGACCCUGAGCAGCCAUUCAUUGAAGUUGACGACGACAGUGAUAAAGAAGAGGAGCAGGACGAGGACGAGGACGAGAGCGAGACAUAA